AAUGACUGAUUUGUGUCCCGCACGUGGCUCAAACCGCCCUCCUGUUGUCACAUAAUCCAACAUGGCGGCCACCGUUGGCAGACUGCUUAGAACCUCUGUUCGGGUUGCAGCUGGAGGGCUGAAAGUUGCAGCUGCUUGCCAGCAUGGAGUUGGCGGCGCUGCCAGGGUCCUUUCUGCUCCUGUUCUCCAGAAAUCCUUUUUCUCCACCGGCUCCUCCAGAUGGGCGGCCGCCGUCACUCAGCCGGCGCCUGGCUUUAAGGCCACAGCUGUCCACAACGGGGAGUUCAAGGACCUGAGUCUGGCUGACUUCAAGGGAAAAUACCUCGUCCUUUUCUUCUACCCUCUGGACUUUACGUUCGUGUGUCCGACGGAGAUCAUCUCGUUCAGCGACAAGGCCAAGGAGUUUCACGACGUCAACUGUGAGGUGGUGGGCGUGUCUGUGGAUUCUCACUUCACCCAUCUGGCCUGGAUCAACACGCCACGAAAGGCUGGAGGUUUAGGAAACAUCCACAUCCCUUUGCUGUCGGACCUCAACAAGCAGAUCUCCAGAGACUACGGGGUUCUGCUGGACGGCCCGGGAAUCGCACUGAGGGGCUUAUUCAUCAUUGAUCCAAACGGUGUGGUGAAGCACAUGAGCGUCAACGACCUGCCGGUGGGUCGGAGCGUAGAGGAGACGCUGCGUCUGGUGAAGGCCUUCCAGUUUGUCGAGACGCACGGAGAGGUUUGUCCAGCCAGCUGGACGCCGAAGUCGCCCACAAUCAAACCGACCCCUGAAGGAUCGAGGGAAUACUUUGAGAAAGUCAACUAACUGUUCGGUGAAAAUUACAGAAAAUAAAAAGCUUCUUAGUUUAUUGAUAAAUCUGUUUGACAACCUCCUGGCUUUGAUUCGUCUGGACCAGUUUGUGUUUCUGUUGAUCAACAAUUCGCAUCUCUACUGUAUGAAGAUAAUAAAAAUCACGCUGAGUAACCCCUGUA